AGAGGGGCGGAGUCUGUUCCGUGCGCGUUCUAAGAUGGCGGCCGCUGCGGGCUUCCUGAGGGUUUGGCGGCAGAGGCCGGUUUGGGGGCUUCCUGCGCGCCGGGCCUUUUGGGGGGACUGGAGGAAGAAGCAGGGGAAGCUGGAGGCAAAAGAACCAACCAUCCCAGAGGAAAAGAAACCAGCUCUGGCUUGCCCUCCACCACGAAGCAAAAGAUACCUUCCCCCUAAGGAUCUUCAGAGUCGUUUAGAGGCUCGUGUCAGAGAAAUCUUUGGACCCUCCGUUUCCAAGGACUGGCAAGAGGUGUCGCUGGGGGAGAGCAGGCUAAAGUACCAUUUGUUGGCACAGUUGGCUGAGGAUCUGGGCCAUACUGUUCCGAAUUUCCGUCUCCAUCAGAUGAAGAGCGCCAGUGACGUUCUGGCUUUUUAUAGCACGCCUGUGAAAGACAUCUCAAAGUUUGAUGAACUAAGCACGCAGGAGCUUCCCCCGAACCUGAGAAUCAGUUGGCAAUACUGAACUGUGUUAGAGGGGAAAGGAGGCUGCCUUAGAGGAGCAACGCCUGAGAGCACCAUUGAGCACUCUCAUCUUUGUAAAAACUCCUUGUGUUUUCCCUAUUGCAAGAGCGCUGCUAGUGCAGUGGGCAUUGUUCUACAACAUCAAUAAUUUGUGGUUGGUGAGAGGAAUAAUUCAAGUACAUUCCUACUCCUAGCUUGGCCGUUGUUGAAUGGAAAUGGUGGUAAAUGAAAAUAAAUGUAGGGCAAUAAAUGA